UUUGGUCAGCAUCAUGAGAAUCUUCUCAUGGUCAUCCAGAGGAUUUUACACCAGGUGCUCCUGUCAGGCUAACAACAUGAAACGAUUUUAUUUCUCUGUGCCGUUUACUCUUCUGCUAGGCACCCUUGUGAUGUGUGUCUAUUUUAAAGAUCCAGACAAACUCUUCGAACCUAAACCUUUCUACAAUGUGACUCAGAAUAAAUUCCUACAAAAAGAAGAGGACGUUGUCUCACACACAGAAGCCUUACCUCAAAAAUGUGAACAAGAUAUGAGUGCUGCAAAACUCCCAGGCUUUGCCUUAUUCUCUGACCAGAUUCAAUCGUUCCUUUACUAUCGCCAUUGUCGCAGUUUCCCAAUGAUACUUGACCUCCCUCACAAAUGUGGACGACCUAAUACACCUGAGGACAUCUUCCUUUUGCUAGUUAUUAAGAGCCACCCUAAGAAUUUUGAGCACAGAGAAGUGCUGCGCAAGACCUGGGCUAAAGAGAGGAUGCACAACGGGAAAUGGAUUCGGACCGUCUUCAUUGCAGGAACAGGGGGUUCUGGUUUUGUGAAAAAAAGAAUGAACAAACUCCUGGCUCUGGAACAUCAACUGUACAACGACAUCCUCCAAUGGGACUUCGAUGAAUCCUUUUUCAACCUCACCCUGAAGCAGAUUCUCUUCUUCGAGUGGCUGGACAGACGCUGCCCGCAGGUUCGUUUCCUGAUGAAUGGCGACGAUGAUGUCUUCGCCCACACAGAAAACAUGGUGGACUACCUUCAAAGCCUCAAGAACAAUGACGGGAGCAAGCACCUCUUUGCAGGCCAUGUGAUCAGAAAUGCAUACCCCAUCAGAGCACGAUGGAGCAAGUAUUAUAUUCCAUAUCAAAUCCAUAAGAAAGCACCUUACCCACCCUACUGUGGUGGUGGAGGUUACAUUUUGUCCCGCUACACAGCUUCAAUUAUUUACAACAUGUCUAGGACCAUUGAGAUUUAUCCUAUUGACGAUGUUUAUAUUGGGAUGUGUUUGGCCGCAGCCAAACGAGGACCUGUCAUUCAUAUGGGUGUGAAAACACUUGGAUGGUACAUCCCCUCCCAAAAUUUAGAUAAAUAUGACCCUUGUUACAUGAAAGAACUCCUUUUGAUUCAUAAAUUCUCUCCAGCUGAAAUAUUUGUUAUGUGGAAUGAAGUUCACAACCCCAAACUUCAGUGUGGACUCAGACAAAAAAAGUGGUGGAAUGUGGUGAAAUAAAGCAAUGCAACCCCCCUGGAGGUAUGGAAGAAACUGAUGGGAAACUUUUGAAGUUAGUAGCAAAUUGUAUAGCUGGUCCUGUUUGUCAUAUUUUUAAUACAAGUAUAGAAAACAGCAUUUUUCCUACAAAAUGGAAGACAGCAAAAGCUGUUCCAAUUUGAAAAAACACA